AUGGAGCUUCAGGUAAACCUGGAUAUGAUAAUCCGUUGUUCUUUUCUUAUUGCGUUCUUGUUCUGCAUCGACCACGUUGCAUGGUUGGAAGCCAUCGGUGUCCACAACUGGUCAUCCAUCUUCAACGAUAAUCCGUCAAAGACCUGGGUUGUCCUAGUCGCUGGUACCAACACCUGGAACAAUUAUCGAUAUCAAGCAGACGUUUUCCACGCGUACCAGUUGGUGCGUAAAAACAAAGUUCCAGCGGAGAAUGUAAUCACUUUCACCUACGAUGAUAUUGCAAACAAUCGCAGAAAUCCGUUUAAAGGCAAAGCGUUCCAUGAUUACCAGCACAAAGAUGUAUACAAUGGGGUGGAAAUUGACUACCGUGGAAAAGAUGUCACUCGGGAUAACUUCUUGAAAGUAUUAAAAGGCGAUAAGAAACUUGAAGCCAACAUGAAGAAGGUGCUGAAAAUUUGUAUGCCAUGGAAUUUAACGAUAGGCUCGGCAUUCAAAAAAAUGUUCAAUAAAUUGGUGCUUUAUAUGGAUACCUCCAAAUCUGGCUCAAUGUUUCACGAUGUUCUUCCUUCAAAUAUGGGAAUCUACGUGACAACAGCAGUCAACGAAACUGAAGAUUCCUUCUCUAUGUUUUGUUUGGACAAGAAAAGCGAUGUUUGUCUAGCGGACGAAUACUCGUAUGAAUGGCUUUUAGAUUCGGAUUAUAGGCCGUUUCUUGAAGUCACACAAAUAUCUAACGGGAUUCGUUUAGAUGUGCAGCAAAUCUUUUGUAGUCUAUUUAUAACCUCACACAACUAUUCUCGCUCCUUUUAG